GUGAAAGGGAUCUCAGCAGACUUUACCCAUCGUACCGGGGUAUGCGUUAUCAUAUAUCUAUGGCGUUAUACUUAUUUUUCAACAUGCCUUUUACUCCACGCAAUGCCUUAAUAACGUGCCACGUAUUACAAUACGAUGCACCGUCUUGCAUAGCCAUACGACUUAAACUAUCACUAGAACAAACUUUUAAUCCAGAUUACUUGUAACUUGGUACAACGCAGCGCGGGUAAAAUCGAUCGAUAGAACAAUAUAAUGCUACUCGUGGUUGACCGCCACGUUUCAACAAUUAUCUCAGUCAGGACCACGCAAGCCGCAGUUCGUAGUUAUUUUCAUCGGUAAUCAGAAUAAACAAGAAAAAUGUUGCGAAUGCUUGAUAUAAAAUGCCGUGUUCUCAGGGGCCAGCAUUCGCCUGUUCAUUCUUUCAAAAGAUGACGAAAGUGGCCAUUGAACGAUUCGCAGGAUAACGCGAGUAGGGGUGGUUUGUUGACUGGAUGUACAAUCGCUAACGAGCGACGAACCGGUACAUUCAACGGGGUACAAGAGGAUAGGAAACAAUGGAGUUGCGAGAUGAGGGCUACUUUGUAUCUGCCUUCAAGCUUCCGACGCGAUAAUCCCUUCGGUUACUCUAUUUAUCGUACACUCGUAUCUCCAAUUCUCCCAUGCGGUGGCAACGAUUUCCGUGCAAUAUAGGGGUACGUCUGAGUAAGUGAAACGGACAUGGCCAAAAAGAAAUUUCUCGCUAAACUUGCUCCCUUAUUAGUACCUCCGGGUAUUUGUGUGAAAUUUUAUUCGAAAAAAUGCCGUGUAAGCGGAAACCACUCGUUUGGCCAAUUUUCAACUGAGGUGGAUCAAAACCAUUAACUUCAGAAAAUCUAAAAUACACAACACAACUACUGGGAGGUACUCAGAAAACAUUCUCAAAGUUUGGAGAAAUUUUCUUUCUUUGUCAUGUCGUCAUAAGCAUACGCAUCAAAUUUUACCGGAAACUCGCACCACCAGGAUUAAAAUAACUGGAGAAACAAAUCGAGUACGGUAAUACGAUCAAAGUGGAUCAAGUUCAAAUAGGAACUAUGGGUAAGCGUAGAUCGCGUGAAAAUGAUUGUAACGUGGAUUGGAUGGACAAUAACCGGUUGCACGUGGUGCAAUAUUCAUACACGUGCGGUGUUGGUUAUAAAGUUCCCGCAGCAGUAACAAUAAAACGUAUUCCAAGCGCGGUUAAUAUUAGCGAUCGAUCCAUAACGUCCGUGGUAGCGUCAAACGUGGUUAAUGUAGACAGAGGUGGAUACACGUACGUACUACCUACACACUUGUGUAUUACCAAGUUGAAAGCCCACGCGCGGCAAAUAACUUCGGUCAAUAGCUACGUGAUCCGUAACUCUUCUCGUAGUCGGUGAACCAGAGGUAGCCUGGUCAUGACUGACGUACGGAUGCGGAAUAGAUGGUCGAAGAUCCCACCGGAGAAAUGGGAAGGGAAAGGGUGCAAUGCGUCACGAAGCGAGCAAACAACUCGCAGACGUGGGAGGGCGACGGUGUACCUGAGCAGCCCUGUACCCGAGUUGAACGUCGUCAGCAAUUCGCUGGAACGUCCCACUCUCGGUCUCACUUUCACCACCCGGAACCCGUCGAAGAGAUUUGGGAAUAGAAGAUGCUCGGAGAAUCGCGAUAUUUGCGUCCCAGCUUUUCCUCGUUAGGAGAAAUGGCGCGUGAAAAGAUACCGAGGGUGGUGCACGAGGAUUAGCGAGUCGGAGAAUCGGAAAACGUCAAAGCUUCACCCACCCCCCGACGAUUGUGGGACUUUUCUGCAUCGCGGACCGCGUUGAAAACAGCUGGGUACUCAUCGACGAAUUGCCCUCCCACAAUCCUCAACUGGCGGGUAAAAUUAUCUUAUGAUCAGAUAUACAGAAUAUAGAUACGUAUUGCAAUUUGUCGCGCACUGGUGCAGUAUCGUGAGGUUCGUGCGUGCCCCGAUUUCAUGCCCCUCCAUCCCCCGGCCCGCGAAGUCCUCGUCGUAGGAAGAUAUAUCCGCCUAGAACCGGAAUGGCAAAACCCCAGAGCAAAGGGCAAAACGAAAAGCCGUUUGUUUCAUUGCGACCUGCAUUCCGUGCGUAAUAUUUUUUUCGGCGAGUGCAACGAUGUCGAGGAACCGAGCGUUUUCAAAGGACAAACGUCGUCGAUCCGAGGUCAGGUCAUCGGUGUCGGAUUCUCACAAUCAGUGGGGGGGGGGGGGGGACCACGCUCCUGCAUAUUUUUCCCCACCAAACAUUUCGACGUCAUUCUAUUUUUUGCGAAGGAUUCCCCGAUACGAGGAAGUGCGUCAAUCGUUGAACACCCGCGUGAACGUCGUACGUCGGUGUAACAAUGGGGAAACUCGAUAAAGCCGGUUUGUGCACCGUGCAUGUAACAUGGCGGAGGCAAUCGCGACACGUGUCGGAACGAUCGCGUAACGUUGCCCAUUAUAUUGUCGAGAGACUCGGUCGUAGAGUCUCGCGCCAAGUAGGUACAGCGGAAGAGCACGGGACGACAACCGAGUAUCCAAAUACAGUGAAGACUUCAAGAGAUGGCAAAAGCGCUCCAAGGAUACCUAUGUUGUUAAAUAUCAGCUGAAUCGUUGACUUUUCGAAUUUCGAAUCAAGUGUGAACAAUUUCAACUUCAAUAAUGCUCAUAGCUCUCCAGAUUGGGGGUGGGCGAAUGUGGAGAGAUAUUUUCUUUUAAAAUUCGCCAUUUUUUCCAUAUUAUUUCGAACCAAUUUGAGAGGUGAGACCGUCAAAAUUCGAUUUCAGCCUUACUAAGGACCAUCGGUAUUGUAUAUUUGGUUGGGAGUACCGGCGCGCGGUGACAAUUACCGAACAAGUUUCAUUCGUUGAAGAGUAGUCGCCGUACGAGACAGCGAUUCUCCGAUUUCAUUGUACCUCGAUCGCGACGGGUGAAAUUUUAUACCAACUCUCGGUGAAAUUUGGCCUCAUCUUCCCUUUCUCCUUUGAACAGAGGUGUUCGGAGCUGGAGGUUCGUCGAGGCCCCGUACUAAUUGUAAGAUAGAAACUUGGAAAGGGGUACGUCCCAGACGUUACGGUGCAUACGCUGCUCCCAAGUGCGUACCCAUGUCCCAUUCUACCGACGCGCCCUGACGAUUCCCGUAGGUUGAUUUCACCUCUCGAGGUGCCGAGCACGCGUGCGCCCCGACGUCGAGGGUGCAAGCUCGGUCGGCCGGGGCGCCGGCAGAAUGACGUCGGGACGCUCGCGUCGCCGUUCGUCGGCGAUAAACGUAGAGCACCCACCGUGCCUGUGAUAUCGUUCCAAAACUCGCUGCCUCCGUUGCCGCUGCUGCUCGCCCGAAAAUCACUCAAUGGUCAUUCGGUGAUUCAAUUAUUUUCGCAAAACAUCCUCCGGAUAUCGAAUGAUACGCGAAGGUGGAAACGGUGCGGAUGACACUCUCGGGGCAUACGGGACAUUUUUCUAAAAAAUGAACUCGUGCGUACGAAAAUAUUAUAAUUACGUGGAUCCCAGGUGUACAUAAUACACGAGUGCAGGUGAAUCAGGUGCAUCGCUAUUCGACCAGUCGCAUCGUUUUCAUUUCACCCAAUUUACUUUCACUCGGUACACCGUGACAAGAAGAAUAACGCACAAGUUCCGGAGCGGUUCGUUUUUAUCUCGCACGAUAACGAUGUAUCAACCGCACCGCUGCACCAGUUAAAGAGGAGGCGUACCCGCUGGAAGGGAAGAAAGGAUGACGGAGAGGAAUUAAUCCAAGAGUCUCGCAUCGAGUUGAGGACCGUUUGAAGCAGUCGAGAGGUCGUACUCGGGUGAACGAGGAGCGCGGAAGAGGAUAUAGGGCUAAAGUCGAAGUCUCGAGACGGCGAGUUGCGCCAAGGCUGCGAGGGAGACUCUCGGACACUUAAAACAGCGGGAAUGCGGUGAUGGCUCUUCUGUACAGAUUCGCGCAACUGCCCGAUCGGGGUGGUACGCGAGUCUUCUCCUUCGUCGUGACGAGGAGCGUCGUCAGAGACCCGGAACGGGACGUCACCAGUAAGGAGCUCGUUUGCGGCUUUCAACGGUGGGCUGUAGCAUUCUCUCGAGGCGACAAGGUCCUGGGUGUUUACCUCGUGUGGCGCGGCGCGGCACCGGGUCUACGCGUCUACGUGGACUUCACCUUUACCCUGCUGAACCGCGAACACUUCUCGGUGAACGAAGGUUUCUCCGGCAAACGAGUCAAGUUUACGUACGACGCACCGGCUCAAGGAAAUCGGAACUACAUCCCGGUAUCGGAUCUCUACAGUCGAAACUUUGCGGACCCAAAUGGCGAGUUUCAGCUGGAACUCUCCAUGGCAAACGUCCGCACGGUCUAUACCGCUGAACUCCGUGUUCCAACCGGAGUUUUCUCAGCCAGUCAACAGAAACCAGAUAAGCUGGAAACCGGGUAUUUCACGUUCGGCGGCUUCGACUGGAACCUCGUCAUAUACCCACUCGGGGACAAGGAAGCGACCGGUCCGGAAUCCGGCGUCGCAGUCAUCGGUAGCGGUGGCCCAGGUGCUGCGGCACCGCCUUCCGUUGGUCACGGGAGGCAAGAGAAUCGCCUCAGUGUUUAUUUGGCGAGAUUGACGGGUUUCGAUCACCGAUGCCGAGUCCGUUACAGCGUGGCACUGGGGGAGGGCGAACGGCGAAUAGAAUCCGGUCACAUCGAGGAUCUUUCGGACGCCGACGGUCGUGGGUUUGGUUGGCACCCUCGCGUGCGAUGGUCGGAAAUCGCGCACAAAGGUGUCGUCCGUGUCGCUCUGGAGAUGGUCGAAGCUCGUACAGUUUCCGAGGUAGGUGUACAGGCCCUGGGUCCGUCGGUACUCCCGGCAGCGCCGUGUUACGAUCGCGAUAAACAGGCGUGGGCACUGCGGGCCGAUCUUCAUUCCGACACGGUGCGACUCCACUUGGUUUACAAGGAUAUCCACAAUGUUCCGAGGAACCAUCUCAGAUACGUCGGAUGGACGGCGUAUUUGAUGCGGGGUGAGGAAGCCGUCGCACUUCCGGGUGCUCCGUUCGGGAGGUACUACGCGCAGGAGGCAGCCGACGAAGGCAUUAUAAUGGAGACGAGCCUCGGCGUUGCCGAUGUCAAGGAUGACGAGUGCCCCUUCGUUACGGACAAGGGUCAGCUCAGGGUACGCCUUGAAUGGAACGAGGGACACCUUUUAUUUCAAGCCACUUAUCACAAGUACGACGAUGUUUGCAGAGUGCAUAAUCAACAAAUGAGAAGGGAGAUAGCCGCUCUACAAGCGGAGAAUUAUUCUUUGGAAAGACAGCUUUUCAGCUACCAGCAAAGCUUGGCUUACGCACAGGCGCAGGCCCAAGCUCAGGGGGAAGAAUCGGAGGGCGUGGAUCACGAUGACGACGACAAUCACCAUCAUCAUCAUCACCACCACCAUCAUCACCUCGAACAUCGUCUGGAGAGGUCCGCAUCUACCGACACGGAAUACGCCUGACGCGUGGCUCUGGCUCGCCAUCGACACGCAAACCCCAACGGUCGAAACUACCCGAAUAACGUGAAAUAUUACGCAGAUGAGGAGGGGGACCAAGUCGAUGAUAAUUUCGGGUGCCCGAUUGACUCUGAGGAGCUAGGAACCGCUGCCCAAGAACUUUGGGGAGAAACUCCGUUUGCUCUGUCCUCUGAACGAAAUCGUCUCAGUAUCGUGCACCAGCCGAAAUCCGUCGUCGUCGACGGUGGCUUGGCGAAAAGACCGAAACCCUCGAAGGCCAGGAGAACCACCCUCUGGGAGGCACUUACCGGCCUUGUCUGCUCCUUGGGCGCCUUGGCUUCGAGGGCUGCGAAAAUGGCGACGCGCCGCGGUACGGGCGAACCUAUCUGAUUGCGAGUGCCGGAUCGGAGUCCGAUGUGGCUUGUAAAAUCACAUCCGACGAGAGAAGAUAUUCCGCAAGCCGCACAGUUGGUUCACGUAUUUAUUCAUAAGUCUAUAAUCUACUUGUCAAUUUACAAAACAACCUAUUUUCCUCUGAACAGAAGACUUUUUUACGUAUCGCGAAUCGAUGGAUAUAUCGUAUUGUAACUUUUAGCUACAGCUAGGACGCUCGAACACUGAAGAAAUUGCACAAAGUUGACGAUGUAAUCAUUCGUGCGUCGCACAACUACAAGGAGUCGACAAUCCGAAUGAAUCGCGACGGAUCUGCUCCCGCGAUUCCUGAUCCCUCGUACGCGUGAAAUCACCCCCGAAAUAGAUCCAUCCGAGACAAAGCGAACCGGGUCGACGAGUGCAGUCAGAUUUCACAUUUCGGCUCGUGAAAUUCGAACAAAAGUGGUUGGAUUCUUCAUUCCUUACGAAAAAAUAGAAUCGGAAGAGAAAAAGAAGCACCGCGCGACAACACCUUUUCCUUUAACGUAGAAUGCUUCCUCUACAUUAGGCACGAACGAACAAAACGAUCUCGGGAAACCGGCCAAGUAGCAGUUGUACAGCUGGGUACCGGUAGGUAUCAUUAUCAGCGGGGGUAAACGUCAACGACGGGGACGAUAUAACGACUUACAAAGAGAUAUUCGCCGUCAGUCUCUGGGGAUCGGCGUCUCGCCGUUUCCCCUUUUAUCUCGGAUUAUUCUCCCCUUCUCCGCGGGACUCGCUCAAAAAGUGAUUCCCACAAACGCUAGAAAUUCCUUCUCUGAUCAGCAGAGCUGUAUACUUUUGUACAUAGAUACACAUACCCCGUAUAGAUAUAAAGACACAAUACAAAGACUCUAUUCUUAUCUAUGUACUUAUAACGUGAUAACACCUUUACACAAACACGUAUAAUUUGCUUCGCUCAUUGUCAGCCGGAGUUCGGAGACCGGUGAGUAAAAAUAUAACUCCAGGUUAACGGGCAAGUUAUAAGCCAUUCGAAUAUACUCUCAGCGCGACAUUUCGCGGACCGUCCUCGUAAGGAUGAGAAGAAAAUUCAAUCGUAUUUCUCGCUAUGGUUCGUCGACCCCGAGUUCCAUUGAUUUAAAAAAUUCAGGGAUCCUGGUCUACCUGCUCGAAGAGCCGACCUUUGUCAACGAAUCGUACGGUGCGACCGGUAUCACCCCCCAUUCGAUCGUGGGGUUGAAAUUAGUUUGACGAAAGUGGACGCUCUCGCAAUAUCUAAUCGACCAAUUAUUAUUUUUCGUUCAUUUUCUCCCAAUUCUAUGUACACACGACGUAUAUCCUAUGAACGACGAUCAACUGAACGAGUACUCGACGAGUAGGGGACCUCGAAAGUUGAACGAACCAUACUCGGGACUGAGAUGAGGCGCCUUGCACCUUUCUAUCAAUCUAUCCCCAUAUUUUUUCUAACAUUUUUAUCAAUACAAUAUUAUAUCGAUUAUACAAACAUAUUUUCGAAAUUCGCCAACACGCACUUAUAUAAGAAAAACCCACACCGAAUACGUCUGAUAAGCCGACGCGUUGAUCAAGACAAUUGACUGACUGAUUAUCAACUAGAGAGAAUGAGAUCGAGAUUGACAUCGAGAGAAUGCCGUUUCCAACAAAACUCAAAGGCCCCGUCACAAGGCGCUUUCAUCUACAAAGGAGUCUACCUACAUUUCUUGUGAGUAGGACAUUCAACGUAUAGAACAAAUGGUUAGAAACUAUCGGCGUCAAAAGUGUCCCGUGAAUAUCGAUCAAAAUGGCUUGUGACCAAUUAAUUUUUUACAAUUCCGAUGUAAUUUGGUGAUAAAAUUCACAACGUGCGGUUUCAAGAUUGUCUGUUCCAUAAUUUCAUCGAUUGAAGUACAUUUUUCAAUUACGUCGUCGAAUCCAAACACGGAUAAUACUUUUCGCAUCAGUCGAAUUGCAAAUCCCGUGCGUAUUGCUCAGAUAAUUCUUUCUGUUUUUCCUUUUCUUCUCACUUAUUUAUUUAUUCGUUGCUUUUUCUAACAAUUGGAGGGAGGCAUUGAAAUGAACGUAAACUCGAAGUGCGUACCCACACAGUGCGAUUCCGGUGAAACUGGUUGCGAUCAACGCGUGCGUCGAAUAUCCGAAUUUCUGUUUGUCUGUCUCCGAAUGAACCCGAGCUGCGCUGGAGUCGGCUUAGCCAUCGGCGUAGCGCUUCGUUGCUAUCUACGACCCUCAAGGUGACGCCUCGCAACAAAGCGCUACGCCUGUGGCUACGCUGACAGCUCGGGCUCGCUCGGAGACCGAGAAAUUCGAAUAUUCGCAGCAUGCGUUGAUCCCAACCAGUUUCACCGUAAUCGCACUGUACGAGUACAGACAUACACACUUACUAUACAAAAUUACGUCCUGCUUGUACAAUCCACCAUACAUAUAGAAAUAAUUACGAUGUAUAGUCUUAUACACAUAUAUAUCAAGAUAAACGAUUUUUCAUUGCCUAUUUAUUAUAAUAUAUUAUAUUCAUAAACAUAUGUAUGUAUGUAUGUACCUAUAUGCAUCAUGAAAUACCUUAAAGACAAUUAUUUCAUCGGAUUCACUUCGAUCAAUCAAUAAGUACGGUCUACGUAUAUCGUGUAUAGGUACUAGGUAUAUUAGAUUUACAUAUCGUGUUGUGUUGUAGUAUAUGUAUAGUACCUAUAAACCGUUGUACCCUCUAUCGUAUCGUAUCGCACCACGUAUCAUAACGUAUCGUAUGCGUACUCUGUGUGGUACCUACCUUACGGGACUGCAUCGUCAACUUUCGACCCUAAUUCCAAGUAAAUAAAAUCUGUAUAAUAUCGACGCGAUAUUGCGAACGAAAAAAAUCACCGUUAACGAAAGAAAAUUUUUGAUCCUACCUUUCGCCUCGGUACAAAAGUUACGGCUCUCGAACCAAUGAUUCUCGCGCCAAGGUCUAAACGCCACUCAUUGGAAAAUUUGCCGAAAUUUUCACGAAAAAAUGUUUUAAAAAUCGUAAAAUGAUAUAUAUCCUCAAAUAAGAAUCGAUUUUUAGUUCAAAGGUGCUCGAAAAGUCGGAAACUUGAACAAGUCGUGAGUCGGAAAUGAAAUGUUCUAUACAUAUACAUACACUGCGCACAACAAUUGAGGGAUCACUCGAAUUUUGUCCGAAACAAAGACCCAUUUUCAAAUGAGUGUAACUUCGUCGGACAUCGACGGAUUUCAAUGAAAAAAAUUGAUUUCUGUAGCUUGAAGCUUUGACUUCAAAACUGUUGUCCUGGAUUUGGUUUUCGCGCAGUUUUUUCCGAAGUUUUGCAGCUACGGAGCCACGAUUGCGAAAAAAUUGCGUUUUCUUUUUCCACGGCCACGACGUUUGGAAAAAAUUGCACCCGGAUGGCGUCAUAUGGGUUUUGUUACUCGAAACUUCCCCUUCGAAAUGCUUUUUUCAUCAUCAUCGUGCGAUUUUUCGUUACCGAGUAAUUUGUGUCCAAACCGUUGACUGCACUUUCGCAAUCGAGGUCAUUUUUGCCGAUCGAUCAUUUGAGGUACGUGGGGGAGAGCGAGGUAACGUGCGAAGCACUUGAGCUGAAAAUUGAUGUGUGAAUUCAUCAAAAAAUCUGGACAAUAUUGUCACAGGAGUACGGGUGCUUUCCGAAGAUUCAGAAAUUCCAAGGAAAAAUGUCAGUUGACAAGCGAUGAUUGAAAGAAAGGAGAAAAAGUUACAAGAAAAAAAAUUGAGUGCAUUGAAACCAUUGAUAACUUGGACAAAAAUGACAUCUGAAAAAAGAUCUUUCGAAGAGAGGAAAACCUUCGAAAAGCUAUUGGAGGAGUUUUUUUUUCAGUGAUGACAUUAUAAGUCUUUGGCUGAAAAUCAGUUGCCCACUCGCCAUGCUUUCCGCUACAUCCCCGGGGCGACUGUGAAAUUUCGUACGUUUCUUUAUUGACCGGUUAAAAUCUUUGCAUAUUGUACACAGCCCCACAUGACCGAUGUCGUGUUAACGUUACAUUUUUACUAUAGCGUUUGAAUUUUAAUAGGGUUGGCAACCCGGUGUGCGGUGUGGAAAUAUAAUCAAGAACAAUAAAUCAACUGACGAGUCAAUACCUUGACAUUAUUGUAAUUGUUACGAUAAUCAUUAUAAUUAUUGUACCUAAAAAUUUAAAGCUAAUACGUAUAGUUAUAUCAUAUAUAAUUGUACAGCUGCUCUGACAAUCGCACACGUUUUGCCUCAUAUGGUUCGCAAAAAUAUUAUACUUGAUAACAAACGUUUGCAUACUAUUUAUCAUAAGUAGAUGUAUACGUACGAUAUAAUUAUAUGUAUGUAAAGAUAUUCGUUCCUGCUAACGUUUAACGGUAUCAAUUACACGUGUACAUUUUCAAACUUUUUUCCUGCUCUUUCAUCACCGGAUCGACGAAUAUUGUACCGAAACUCUGAAAGGCUUAUUACAGUUAAUUUUCUGUUCUAUCAUAACUCGAAGGCAAAGCGAUAAUUAUGACUGUACAUAGCCCUAUAUACACAAACAGAUACCUACGUUCUGUAUACACAACGUCCGUCUAGAUACACACAUAUCGAGGUAGAGGAUCAAUUUAGCCGCCUUUUGCGAUUUGGUGAAAAAAUAGCCACGCUUUAUAACAUAUAUUGACCGCGCUGCGUCACGAAAUGAUGAAGCGUAUCCACUAGGACUAUUAUAAAUUGACAAGUUAUGCACAGACGGAGUGUCAGUUGGACCGUUCGUGCGAUUACCUGCAUCAACGCCGAAUUUUCUACUUAUAGGUACGUACAUGUAUAUCGUGAGAUCGUAGCAGACCCCCGCACAUCUCACAAUCGGUCCAGAAUCGGUAUCCGGUACGAUCGCCAAAUUUUUUGAAUCCUCCGACUCCCUUCGUUUAUCCAUAUUCACUUAUUGUUAGUCAUUUACGUUUUUCAAUGUUUCGUGCACUAUCCGGCGAACUUGCGGGAAUCUAGACGAUUGGAAAGCGUUGAGAAUUGUAAUGGAGAAUUGACGGUUACGAUAACACUGUCGCGUGUAAGUUUCUGGAUGAGGGAAAGGAAAAGAAACUACCAAAAACCAGGCUCGGUGACGAUCUUCCGUGCUCAUGCACGACGUGCAGAACGAACAGAUUCAACGUAUGUUAAUCAACAACGAAUCCAGUACCUACUCGUUGUCGAUCGGUCAUCAUACUUGUAGAGCUACGAAGUAAAUGUCAGAUAGCAUAUCGUGCUUUCGAAUCUAGAAGCUAAAGCGCGUGUUAGCAGAGUCGAUUUUGCAAUUGUAGAAAUUUGGAAUGUCACAUGAGUUUCGUAAGUGAGAAAAUUGUACCACGACUUUCUCCAAAAUGAUUAUAGCCCGCUAUUAGAUUAUACGGCCUGUACAUCGAGCGAGCGUGCGUGCGCGUAUUUUUCUAUCACAAAUAAUAUUCGUAAAAUGAUAUUGAAGAUUUUCAUGCGUCAAAAGCGUAAAUCGAUUAGGUUUCACCGGACGAAGUGAUUACAACAAAUAGGUUCGUUGGCUGCAGUUAUUAUUAAUGAUUUUAGCAACGUUUCGUUAAAACUUUUCGCUGCAAUUGCAACUGUGUUAUUCUAAUCGUGUGUAACGACCCACGGUUAUAAUCUACUCGGCUUAAUCUGGUUUUUGCCUCAAGUGCUCGGUCACGGGUUUUGGUACAACUUGGCUGUUUCAAGCCAAAUGCUCGAACAAACGUUCGUAUACCUACGUAUGUAACUAUAGUGUAUGUGUAACAUAUAAAAUUUAAUCAAAUUGCAUAUAUGUAUGUGUGUAUUUAUGUAAGUAACUACAACUACCUAGAUGUACACACCGUAUAGGAAUACCAAAAACUAAUGGUUGUCCCUCGCGAGAAUAUAUCAGGACAUGUUCCAGUGAUUGUACCUAUUCCUUUAUGGUAAUACCAUAGAAAUACGUUCACCGUCUGUAAGUCUGUCACCUCUUUUAUAAAACUCUUGCUAUA